CUGCAAAACUUUGCAAAAAAAAACGCUCUCGGAGGAACUGUCUUUGCUCAGAAGCAGCCAUGGCAGAGGCCAAGCAAGGAGGUGCUGGGGUUUUUGCCAAAAAUGUCCAAAAGAGAUUCACCCGUGCACAGGAAAAGGUUCUUCAAAAACUGGGAAGAACAAUAGAAACUAAAGAUGAAAUGUUUGAGCAGUGUGCAUAUAAUUUUAACCAGCAACAGAAUGAAGGGAAUAAAUUAUACAAAGAUUUGAAGGCAGUCUUUAGUGCAGUGAAAGCAAUGCAUGAAAGUUCCAAGAGAUUAUCUGAAACACUUCAUGUCAUUUACAAACCAGACUGGGAUGGAUACAAUGAUCUACGACCGAUAGUGGAGAACGAUGACCUUCUCUGGAAUGACUAUGAGGAAAAAAUGUCUGACCAAGUGGUGCAGAUAAUGGAUAAUUACAUGGCCCAGUUCUCUGAGUACAGGGAAAGGAUUGCCAAACGAGGGAGAAAAUUGGUUGAUUAUGACAGUGCCAGGCACCAUCUGGAAGCAUUGCAGAAUGCCAAAAAGAAAGAUGAGGGGAAGAUCACAAAGGCUGAGGAGGAAUUUAAUAAGGCACAGAUGAUUUUUGAAGACUUCAACAAGGAACUGCGAGAAGAGCUGCCAGUUCUCUACAACAGCCGAGUUGGAUGCUACGUGAGUAUAUUCAAGAAUAUUUCAAAUUUGAGAGACGUAUUCUACAAAGAGAUGAGCAAGCUGAAUCACGAACUCUAUGAUGUGAUAUGCAAACUAGAAAAACAGUAUUCAGACAAAGUCUUUGUCAUUAAGGGAGUAAAGAGUAACAGAAAAUCUCUGGUGAUUUCAUCUCCUAUAAGCUGUACGAGUUCCUUUUUCAUGGCUUCAAUAAAUACAGAAGCAAGCCCUUCUAGCGUCAAUGCAAAGUCAGUAAGUCAGACAUGCGAGAACAGUUCACUGUCAUCCAGUUCCAAUGAAAAUCAAGAUUCCAUCUCUAUGGAUGAAAACUACACCCAAAGUUUAGAAAAUGUAUCUCAAGAGACACCAAAUGAACUUCCUCAGAGUUUGUCACAUAAUUCUGGUACACAGAAUUUAGAUGUGAUGGAACAAGAAAAAACUAUGAGCUCCAUGGAACCUAUGCUGGGGGACAUAAAGGACACACAAACACACCAAGAAGAUUCAAAAAUGGAAAAAUCAGAGGAAGAAGCUCAAGCUGGUUCAUAUAAUAUCAUGCAAGCGAUAGAAGGUGAUAUAGACCAAAAUAACUCAGGUUUCCCAGCUCAAAAUGGAAUUAAUGAACCCAUGAAGAGAAAUUUAGAAGAAGAACUUUCAAAAGGCACAGAAACAAGUUUAUCCAGAUUAAUGAAGGACAGGGACCAAAAGGAUAUAAACAAUGAAGAGUCAAACGAUGGAAACCCAAUGGAAUUGUGUAAAAAGUUACAGGCCGAUUCACAAGUUGAAACACAUGACAAUAAUCAAGAACUAUCAGCAACAAAUGACCUAACAGGCCCAAGGGAAAUCUCAGGAAUCAUAACACAGGGAGGUAGAGAAGACUCCACACAUGUAAAAACAGCAAGUUCAGCAGAUAUAAUUAGGAAUGAGUUAGGGGACACAACACAAAGCGGUGUGGGCAUUAAACGGCAAGAUCAAUGUGAAAAGGCACAUUCAAAAGAUAGCCCGCACCAGGACUCAAUAGGCUGGGCAAUGGGAAGUUCUUCAGUUGAUACCUUGAUGACAUCAAAAAAUGAAUCAGUAGAAGUAACCGAAGACAAUAAAAUGGCUGCAGAGUGUAAAUCAGUUUCCAGUGCAGCAGAAACACCUCCCCCUACCCCCCUAAAUGCAGGUGCUGAACGUGACCUGAAUCUCAAUGUAGACAGCUCCCAACAGACACCUUUGGAUUGUAACACCUCAGCUGAAAAACAGUUGCAUGAUACUUCUAAUGAAUAAGGAUGUACAGUUGGAGAAUAUUAACAAUCAAGACAAAAAAAGGCCUAAAGCUUUACAUCAACAAGAGUAGAAAAGAUGGAGGUACAUUUCUUGUGAAAAAUACAAAAGCUACAGUCUCUGUUUUGUGUCUCAUACUGUAGAUUUGUAAGAUUAAAUACAUGUACACUUGUACAGUGAUGCCAUUUGUGAUAAAUGAUAUUGGAGUUAAAGUGAGGUGAUUAUCUCUGUUCAGAAUAUCAGUUGUAGCAGCAAAUGUCUGUGCAUGUAUACUUUUGUAAGUAAAUAUGCUUUUUAUUUCUACAUAGAACUGGUUGCAAGCAGGAUUUUCCGGUUACUUGUUGUUAUUAUAUUAUGUAGGUGAUAUUUGCUCUGCCACGUGCUUCUGAUGGUCAGGCACCCAUUAAAACUAUUACAGCUGGAGAACAUUUAAAAUUAAAUAAAAGCUUUUGAAAAUA